UACUUCGGCAUCAUAAGGAAACAUAUAUUUGUUUACUGCGUGGUGUGUUACUUCAUAGAUUAUCUUCACGAAGUGUAAAGAAGAAAAUUAUGGCUGAAUGCCAGUUGCCAGCCCGACCCCAGAACAGAGAACGACCUACCCGUCCACCUCCACCUAGUUGCAUGCUUAAUCAAGCAAAUUUCAAAACCUUGCAGAAAUGUCAUGACAAAGCAUAUCAGGAGAUAGAGAAGGGUUUGUCUUUAGAUGAACAAGGGCAUAUUGAUGCUGCUAUCAAGUCAUAUGAGAAUGGAUUGAAAAACCUGUCACAAGCUCUGGAAAUGGAUGCUGAGAAAAUUUGUGAAAAGGAUGAGGAUAAAGACACAGCAAAACAACUGCAACAGAAAAUGACAAAGACAAGGUUACAAAUUACAUACAGGUUACAAACACUUCAGACUCAAAUCAUUUCAGAUGUAAACAACCACACAAAUGGUCAUACAUCAAUGGAGACUGAAUGCCCACCUUCAUAUGACCAAGCCAUGUCUAUGCCUGGAUCCCACAUCAGUGAUGAGACUUUCAUGUCUAUAGGCGACAGUAUAAUGAGUGACACACAAAGUGGAUUGGACCCUUUGGAAUCAAAUGCAACUGAAAUACUGUCUAUUUCUGAUGAUGUCCAGAUAUACUAUAUUUCUGCAGAAGGAUUUGUAAGUGCUCCUUCUUAUCCCUCUGCACUAAGAAUUGCUAAAUUUAAUGAGAACUCUUCAAAUGAGGCAAGUAACUUACAGCAACCACCGGCCUUCCUCCAGGUCCACGACUGGUUCUAUCCCUUGGUGCCUGGGACAUCGCCUGCUCUUCGGGCAACAAAUGGGGCAUAUAUCUUUCCUGAUCUCAACUCAGAGCAACAAGGUGGAGCUGUGGGACUUAUGUUGCCUGAGAAUAUUUCUUUUGAGGAAAGACAAAACUUUGAAAGAACACUUGGGGCAUUUACCUUACUGCAGGAACAACAGCCCUCACCCGCUACUCCAUCAGCCCCGCCCCUCACUGCAGCAGGGGACAGUCAAACAGGAUGGUCACCAGAGACCACUGCAAGAGAGAAAGAACAAACCAAGAGACCACAGGACAAGGUGGUAGGGACCCUCACUGACCAGGAGGAGACCAAUGAAAAAGAGACUUCUGGACCAGAAGGGGAAAGAACUACAACUGAGAAAAUUUCCAAAGGAAUUAGUGUUGCUGCUGACUGGAUUUCUUGGGGAGUAGGAAAAGGUGCUGAAAAGACUAGUAAUUUGAUCAGAUAUGGAUCUGAAAAAGUGAGGGAAAGGCUGAAGCCAGAGGAAAAAGAAAAGGAGAUAGAUCCUCGUAUACAGAAAGGAGCACGCUACGCCAGGUCAGGGGCCAAUGUUGCGAUCAAAGUUAGCUCAUUUAUAGUAACCAAGUUAGGGGAAGCCACUGUUGCUGUUGCUAAAGAAGUCGCACCACACAUCAGGAAACAGGGUCAGAAAGUCUUACCUAAAUCUGUCACAGAAAAGUCUCCAGACGGAAAGUCAAAGGUUGAUGAUGUCAUAGAAGUUGCCGCCACAGGAUUCAAAGGUUUUGGAACUGUGUAUGUAUCCCUAGAAUCAGCUGCAAAGGUCUUAGCGAAAAAUAUAGCUCAGGAAACUGUCCGUACUGUUGACCACAAAUAUGGCCCAAAUGCUGGCGAGCUGACAGAGAACACACUGUACACGGUGGGAAAUGUUGCCAUGACAGCAUACAAUGUAGACCAGCUUGGUAUUAAGGCCUUGGCAAAGCGUGCUGCCAAAGCCACAGGGAAAGAGGUAGUGAAGGACUUCUGUGCUACGCGUUCUAACAAAAGCCAGCCCCAGUGAAAUACCAUCCAUCAUAUAUCUGAUCUUUGAUGGAGUCCAUAAUUUUAUACUGAUACUCUGGCUCAUCAGGAAUUCUGACUGAAGAAUUCAGAUGUUUGAUAGAUCAAUGUCCAUUCGUUUUUUGAAACAACAAAAAGGUCAUGUAGGAAUCAUAAGCCACCCUAUGUUAAAAUAUAUCAGAAGUAUAGUAAAUGAGAUUUUCCCCACAGCGUCCUGUCAACCAUGUGUCUGAACAUUGUAUUUCACAUAUCCUAAUAUCUAUGACUUGUACAAAACUGAAUGUUAGUGUUAAGUUUACCAAGUUGAUAAUUUCAUAACAUUCUUUUUCAAGUGAGUAGCCCCGGUACAUGUAUUUAUAAAAACACAAAUACAGUGUAUCAGUAUCGUACGUGUAUUGUAAGCCAUAAUUUAAAAGAUACAUGUAGUUCAAAUUACCCUUGUAAAAACAGGUAUAACUAGGUAUAGGUUACAUAAAAUAGGGUAUCCUUAAUAACAGUACUCCGAGGUACAUCAAAUCCUUAAUACAGAGAUGUCACUUCCUAGUAGAUCACAUUUAACUAGAUAUUUAUAUGUUGAAAUACUGCAUCACUGGCUUUAAAUGCUUUAGACAUUAGGCAUUAUCAGAUGAAAAUAUCACAAAAUAGCUUCUAUCUGUUAUUACUGAAUAAAGAUGCUAUAUGUAAUUAUUAGUGCUGGGUUUUACCAGAGUUAAAUACUCUACCAUGAUUAGAUAUAUUCAAAUGAUUGAUAAAUCAAACAUAUUACUGCAGAGAAGAUUGAUGUCUGGUAUUAUUAAUUAUAAAUACCCUAAACAUGAUACAAGAGUUAUUUAGAGAUUUUUUUCUACUGGUCAGGGUUUGAUAAAAUGACAAUUAGAUAAAUGAUUUUUAUAUUAUGUUGUGGAUCUGUUGUCAUGACGAAGGGUGAUGCUGUUCAUGGAUCAAAGUUGUGUAAUUAAACGUGUUAAGUUGCUAUUACUGAGUAUAUCAUUAAUAUAUUAUUUAAAUCCAGACCUGUUGGAAAACAUUGAUGUUAUAAAUAUUGUUUCUUUAAGUAUGUUCAAUCAAACUAUUUCCAUUCUUUUGAAUGCUUUUUAAUUCAAAAUUAAAACUUUCCAGUGCCGUGUCUUUUUAUUUAUAAUUCUGAUUGAGGUAUUACAUUUAAUGAUGUUCUAUAACUUUUUAACACUGUAUAUAAUGCACAGUAUGUAUAAAUUUAUUUAAAAAAGAUGUAUUAUAUUGUAAAGCUGCUAUAUGAAAGCAGGGCCAGCCAGCCAGCCCAUUGGUUCUGUAUAGUCUAUUAAAACAUACAUUUUCUCAACAUUUCACUUCCAAGCUAAAGAUACUGAUGUCCAUGUAUGUAAGGAAACAAUUGUGUUGAUCAACCGUAUGAGCAGUGCUGUUUAGAACAAGUUACUUUGAUAAAUAUAAUCAGAAUCACCAAGUCUUGCAUUUCUACAUAGAACCAUUACACAUAUAGAGUGUAUGUUGUCUGUUUCUCAUAUAUAAUCCAACAUGAUGGUGAUGAAAAAAAAUCAAAAUUGAGCUUCAAAGACAGUUUUGUCUUAUUAAAUGAUAUUUCUUGAGGAUGUUCAUGCAUCCUUGUUAAACAGAAUAACCACUUCAUAAUAUCUUUCUCCCGUCGAUGUCAUUGUAUAUAGUAUCAUGUUAUAAUAAUUUGACCAGGAACCAUAUAUAUGUGACAGUGACAGUUACAGAUGUGGUUACCUCCCCUUACGUAUAUAUAUUAUAUAAAGGGGCAGACUGCCUCAAAAAUUUGACAGUUUGCUUGUGUGUACUGUUGUUAUUACUUCAUUGAUCAUAUAUAUAUAUAUAAAUGAUCAAUGCAUAUAUAUAUGUGUGUAUUUUUUUUUAAUAGUAUUUGUAGUGAAAAAUCAUUUUAAUACCUGUGAAUAUCAUUAGUAAACAACAAUGCACAUUUGAAUGAAAUGGUCAGUGACACAAUAUGUGGGUAUCAAAUUUAUUUGAAUUGUUGAAUCUGGCUGUACAUGUAUAUAACACCUGUAGUAGUUCUAGUCAUGUGACCUCUUUUCGCUACAGUAAUAUGUGAAUAGAAUUUUCUUGUAAGCACAAAAUGUGAUUGAUUGAAGUACAGUAUAACCUGCCUUAGUGACUACAGCAUCUGUUUAUGAAACCACCUGCUUAUAAAGACCACUUUCUUGAUGUCCAAGAAAGGCCAUAUCAAUACAGUGGAACCUCAGUGGUCUUUAAAGACAGGUGUGACUAUUUUGAUGGAAACAUUGAUAAGUUAAUAAGAGAUAUAUGGAUGCUUAUAUUUUUGUGGGGAUGGACAUUGAUAUCUCACCAACUUCAGAUACGCUGUACACUGUUUAUAGAACAGCUUGUAAUUGUCAAUUCCACUUGUUCACUUCAUACUUAUACUUUCAGUUGGUCUCGAGUUGGAGACAUGCAAAGUUGGUUUACUGGUGAGGCCCAGUAUGUUUUCCUCCAUCCUUUUAAGCGCUUUGUUACUUGUGAGAGAUAACCGUUGUACUGUUGUUUAGAUAAAAGCAUGUGCUACUGUGAUAAAUAAAAUGAUUGUUUUCUUUAA